AUGAACAUACCUGAUGAAAGACAUCUCCACAGAAUGAACGCACCUGAAGAAAGGCAUCUCCACAAAAUGAACGAUGACGAAAUGAGCUGCGCAGAGGAGGAUGUGAAAAAGAAAAACGACAACAAGAUCCUUUACAUGCACCAGGUUUUAGAAAGCCAAUUCGAUAAACAAAUAAAAGAGGAACAAACUAUCUAUGAAAGAAAUGCCGAUUUAAGAAAGUACAAAGAUUAUAUUUCCCCUCAAAAAAAAAGGGCUUUCACCCUGGGGGCCAUUGAUGGAAUAGGUGGUAUUAGCAUCCUAAAUGCCCCUUUGAUGAAUCCCGAAAAUGCAAAGAUUGACCCACCCAUUCUGCAGCUGCCGUCAGCAACCAAUUUGAUAAAAAAUGUGCACGUAAAAGUCCAUUUUGACAAGAACAUUGACAAGUCGUACAAAUACAGGACCCAAAAUAGCAACAGGGACAUUAUCAGGAAUAUGAAGCCCAUGUAUUCCCUGCCCGAGAAGGUGAUGACCUAUUAUAUGCACGACGGGGGCCAUGGGCGAGCCGAACAGAAGGAGGAGCGCGUUAGGGGAGGUGCUGUGGAGGACGUUAAGGAAGACGUUGAGGAGGACGUUAAGGAGGACAUCGGGGAAGGUAUUGAGGAGGACGUUAAGGAGGACAUCGGGGAAGGUGUUGAGGAGGACGUUAAGGAGGACAUCGGGGAAGGUAUUGAGGAGGACGUUAAGGAGGACAUCGGGGAAGGUAUUGAGGAGGACGUUAAGGAGGACAUCGGGGAAGGUGUUGAGGAAAACAUUGUGGAGGACGUCAAGGAAGAGACUAAACCAAAUGACCCGCAGAUGAACAAAUUUGGGAACGACCGUCCAAAUAGCAACGCAGACACGGAAAUAGGCACCCCCUGUGAAGACACACAAAUGGCUUGCAACUCAAAUGACACGACCGACAGAGCAUUUCGCGGAGAGGAGUACAAAGUAAGAAGCUGUCAUGUGUCGUCACCACCCGCUGCGGACAAAGACGCGAUGUGGUCAGGGGAAACGCAAACGAUGCCCGCAAAAGCACCGCUGAAAGCGCCCUCAAAAACGAAACUGGUGAAAAAAAACGAAGAGAUGAAGCAAAACGAAGAGAUGAAACAAAACGAAGAGAUGAAACAAAACGAAGAGAUGAAAAAGAUCGCCAGUGUGGAAAACACGUCUGCGGAAAAUAAGACCCCCCCAGAUGACACAAACGGCACGAAAGUCGACAAAAAUUUUGAGAAUGAAGACCAACUGAACUUUUUUAAACUAAAUCAAAUAAUGUCAUCCACCUUGACGAACGCCCUUAAAAUGUUGGCGGACGAUGUUUUCGUUUAG